AUGUCUUCGGAUUAUAGUGAACCUAUUAUUCCUGAUGAUGCCGAGUUGGAUGACAAUGUAUCUCAAGGACCCACAAAGAGGAUUCGAAAACUAACUUCAAAGGUAUGGGAUGACUUUGUCAAAUUUAAAGGAUGUAAUGGAAAUGACAUAGCCAGAUGUAAGCAUUGCAAUAGGGAAUUUGUUGGAGAGAGUAGGAAAGGGACUAGUCAUUUAAAAAAUCAUUUGUCGAAGGCAUGUCCAGUACUUAAAUGGCCAAAUGCCCCUAGGAAUGCUAAUAAGGCUGCUUCUGAAUCUACUCCUAAGGCUGCAACUUUUAAAUUCAAUCAAGAGAGAAGUCGUAUGGAUUUUUCUAGGAUGAUCACCUUGACAACUGAUAUAUGGACUUCAGACCAUCAGAAUUUUGCCUAUACAUGUUUGACUGCCCAUUAUGUGACUAAUAAUUGGGAGCUAAAGAAGAAAAUCCUUGCUUAUAGACGCAUUGAUUACCCGCAUGAUGGAGACCAUUUGUUUAGCUUUAUCAAAGAUCUAAUUUUAGAGUGGAACAUAGAUAAGAAGUUGUUUUCAAUGGUAGUCGAUAAUGCAAUGAGUAAUGAUGUCAUGGUGAGACUCUUAAAACGAUGGCUACAUGACCAAGGAUUACUUCAUUUGGGUGGACAAUUGUUUCAUGUGCGUUGUAGCAUGCACAUAUUGAAUUUAGUUGUUCAGGAUGGUUUGAAGAAAGUUCCCAUGGAUGUUCCUACCAGAUGGAACUCCACUUAUUCAAUGCUUGAUGCUGCAUUAGAUUUGAAAAGUGCAUUCCACCGCUUAAGGCAAAUUGACAAACAAUAUAUGCACAAUCCUUCUGAGGAUGAGUGGAAUGUAGCAAAUGUGAUUUGUGGGUGCUUGAAGAUUUUUUUUGAUGCUACAUCUCACUUUAGUGGUACCACUUUUCCUACUUCAAAUGUGUUUUUUCCCGAUAUUUGUCUAAUUCAACUUGAAAUGAAAAAAUGGGAGCAAAGUGAGUAUGAUUGCAUUCGAUUGAUGGCUAGUCCAAUGAGAGUGAAAUUUCAAAAAUAUUGGGAAGAAUGUUCUUUGGUGUUAGCAAUUGCAGUGGUUCUUGAUUCGAGAUUUAAAAUGGACUUGGUGGAAUACUACUUUGGGCUUAUUUAUGGUGCUGAUGCUAAUAAGUAUAUUCAGAGGGUUCGUAAUGGUUUUGUUGAUCUUUUUUUAUGA